AUGUGCGAAACUCGGAAAGCCACAAAUCCUGAAACUGGUGAAUGGAAAUGUUUAAAAUGUACUUUUUCAUUUAACCCUCCCUGGAUUAAAGUGUGUGACACUUGUGGUACUCCGAGAGAAGAUCUUGCUGCUUCUGCUCUACCAUCAGCUGAAGUACAAGAAAACAUAUGGAAUUGUCCAGCCUGCACAUAUAAAUUCAAUGAACAUUUUCUAACAGUUUGCAAAAUGUGUGGUGCCACGAACCCUCGUGUUGUUCCAGCAGAGGGCACAACCUGGACUUGUUCUACUUGUACAUUAGUAAACAUGAUUGGUGCAGACAAAUGUCAAGCAUGUGAAACUGCAAUGCCUGAGCUUGCCCUCAAAAUGCCCAAUGGUGGCUGGAUAUGUUCCGUGUGCACUUAUAAAAAUUCUGAGGGGACUAAAUGCAAGCUGUGCCAUGCUGAACAGUCAUCGUUAAAAGCAUCUGCAGCUGAGAAAAAAUGGCACUGUUCACAGUGCAUGCAUGCUAAUUCUCCUUCAUUGUAUAAAUGUGAAAUGUGCAGGACACCAUGCAGGGCAUCUGCAGGAGUGGAUGAACUGUCAUCAAUCUCAUCAAUUUGUUCAUCAUCAGAAGAUGCAGACGAACUACGAAGUCUGCCAACUGAAACUAUAUUCAAAUCCCAACAAGCUGAAAUUAUGAAAAUCUGGGAAAAUAUAUGCCAAUUUUGCCGAGUGGUAAGAUUUUUCUCUUUAUUUUUCUUUCUCCUUUUCACUUUUUUUCUCUAUUUCCUUUCUUUUUUUUUCUCUUUUUUACUUUCUUUUUUUUUUUUUUUUUUUUUUUUUUUUUUUUUUUUUUUUCUCUUUUUUACUUACUUUUUUUUUCUCUUUUUUACUUACUUUUUUUUUCUCUUUUUUACUUACUUUUUUUUUCUCUUUUUUACUUACUUUUUUUUUCUCUUUUUUACUUUCUUUUUUUUCUCUUUUUACUUUCUUUUUUCUCUCUUUACUUUCAUAUUUUUUCUCUCUUUUUACUUUCUUUUUUUUCCUCUCUUUUUACUUUCUUUUUUUUUCUCUCUUUUUUACUUUCUUUUUUUUUCUCUCUUUUUUACUUUCUUUUUUCUCUCUUUUUUACUUUCUUUUUUUUCUCUCUUUUUUACUUUCUUUUUUUUCUCUCUUUUUUACUUUCUUUUUUUCUUCUUUUUACUUUCUUUUUUCUCUCUUUUUUUUUCUCUUUUUUUUUUUUUUUUUUUUUUUUUCUCUUUUUUUUUUUUACUCCUUUUUACCUUCAUUUUUUUCUUCUUUAUUCUGAUUAGCAUAGUCAAAUGGUUUCGACCUCAUGAAAUUUCACGACGUUCUUGGACAGUGUAUAAAAAUCCAACACCUGAUGAUAUUGUUCAAGGAAAUGUUGGAGAUUGUUGGUUAUUGUGUGCUCUGGCUGUGAUAGCUGAACGAAAGGAACUUGUGGAAAACUUGAUUCCAAACCAGUACAAUCCUUAUGGAGUUUUCCAUGUUCGUCUUUAUAUGAAUGGUCAAUGGAAAACUGUAAUUAUUGAUGAUUUACUGCCAUGUGAUGAGAAUGGUAGGAUGUUCUUCUCUAGGGCUAAAAGACAUCAGUUGUGGGUGCCAUUGAUUGAAAAAGCAAUGGCAAAGAUGUAUGGGUGCUAUGAAGCCCUGGCAGGAGGUACCUGCCUUGAAGGUCUCUACUCACUCACUGGUGCUCCAUGUGUUAAUUUGGAUCUUGAAUCAGAGAGUGAAGAUGAAAGCUGGGCCUAUUUGCUGAGUUCCUGGGAAUCAGGGUUCUUGGUUGCUUGUGCUUGUGGAGAUCAAGGCAAUGUGAGUGACACUAAAGAUUACUGGCAAGUUGGAUUAAAAAAGGAUCAUGCAUAUUCUGUUCUUGAUGUUCAAGAAGUGGAAGGAAACAGAUUGGUGAAAAUUCGAAAUCCUUGGAGUUGGUUCAGCUGGAACGGUGAUUGGUCAAAGGGAUCAUCGCUUUGGGAAGUAAUCAAACCUGAAACAAAGCAACAGCUUCUUAGUAACUGUGGUGAUGGACAAUUCUGGAUGUGUUUCAGUGAUGUCCGAAGAAAUUUCUACAAUAUGCAAGUCUGUAAAGUGCGUUCUGAUUGGCAAGAAAUGAGAAUUCAAGGAGAAUUUUUGCCUCAUGCUGGUGUACCAAUUAAAGUUCACAUUCUCACUGUCCUGACAACAGCAGAAUUUGAGAUUUCAGUAUUUCAAGACAAUAACAGGAGUUGUAUUAAAGAAGGCAAACCAUGGCUUCCAGUUGACGUCUUAUUAAUUGUGUUUAAGUACAAUAAAUAUGGACGAAGUGUUUUAGGGGAUUUGGUUGAGUGUAAACGCAAAAUUGGAAGCGUCAUAAACAUAAACCCAGUAUUAGAGGCAGGACAAUAUGUCAUUGUAUGCUUAGCUUUCAACCACUGGAAGGUUGAAUAUAAUGGACAAAGUUCAGCGUCCAUUCCAAAAGCUAAUGUCAUUCCAUUUACUCUGGUCUUCCAUUGUACCAAAGACUUUUUGCUGCAGGAGUUGAGUCCAUCAUCAAAACGCUACAAUGAAAAAUAUCUAUUGGCAGACAUCAUCAUUCAAUUGAUUCUGGAAAGAGGACGAAGAGAGCACUUUGCCAACAAUGUCCAAGUGUGCAGCUUAGUAAAAGGCUGGGCUGGAUCUAUGAUUAUGGUUGAAAACCUCUCUCCUGUCCACCAAGCAACCAUCCGUAUUACAUGUGACCCACAAAAAUGCACCAACAUUGUAUCAACACGGGAUAAUCUCUCAUCAAUUGAUGUCAUCCCACCCCUGCAUCGUCAAGUUGUCAUGAUUCUCACACAAAAAGAUAAAGUGAAGCCAUAUCAUGUUUCUUAUUCUUUGAAAUUUGGGCACAUUUCUGGUGUUCUUCAUGAUCCUCCUUUGUCUGUAAUGGGGAUUGAAAAAAUUUCUACUAUCAUGUUUCUGAGGCUUUUAAUGGAAACACUAAAUAUUUUAAUCUGA